CUCCACUGAGAGCCGACAGACUUUAAGUGGCUGCAGCCGAGAGAGAACGUAAUCUCAUGGACAUCUUGGGUUAUAUAACAGCAUGACCCGACGAAUCAUCCUUGUCAGGGUGGUACCGACUCAACUCCAAAACAGGGAAGAAGGAGAAGGAACGAGGAGACAUUCAAGUCACCAUCCAGUUCACCCGAAACAACCUGACAGCCAGCAUGUACGACCUGGUCAUGAAGGACAAGGGCGCCUCCACCUUCAGCAAGCUGAAAGAGCGCAUGAGGGGGAAGAGGAGAUCCAGUGACGACGACUCCUCGUCGGCCGUCCUGCCAGGCGGAUACGGGUCUUUGUAUCGGAUGCGGCAUCGGCUGCCUAGUGAUGGAGGCGGGGAGGAGGAUUACGAGGAUGACGAGGGAGGUGAGGCCCGACGGAGCAAGAUGAGGACCUUUUUCCUGAGAGGGAAGCUGAGGAAGUCAUCAGACACUCGCUCCAGCACAUCACUUGGCUCGGAGAGCAGUGAGUCGUCGUCUCGCGGUGGGAGCCUCAGUCCCACAGCCGGCAUCAGUGUGGUGGUUUCCGACCUCUCCAACUCGCCCAGUAACAGCAGCAACCUGACAGCAGACAACAGCCCAGAGCACACGGCAAACACGUCACCCAAGUCGUCCUCUCUCAAAUGUGAGUUUGGUGAUGAGGUCGGUGAGAUCACCAUAGCAGUGCCUCAGCUCACUGUGUCCUUUAACGGAAGCCAUGCCUACAGCGUUCAGCCCCUGGACCCAGGCUCAGGAAAACCCGCAGAUGCUUUAGGCCUGGGACCGUUGCAGAAGUCUUUGCCUCUCUCCAUGUCUCUACAGAACCUCAGCCCGCGGGCCGACACAGACGCCCGCAAAGGCCCCGCGGGAGACGGGCGCCGCUGGUCUUUUGACAAACCCGGCAAAGAGGAAAAGGCUGCCAUAGCGGCGGCUUUGGAGCAAAGCGGCCCCUUGCAGGCGGAGGAAGAGGAGUGUUUGACACAGGCUGCUCUGCCCAAAGCUGCCUCCACGGCGGAGUUGGAAAGCCACGGGAAGAAGCAGAGGAGGAACUUGUUCUCCCAUGGGCUGAGUCAGUCCAAGGAUGGGUCUGAACAGGCCCCCGCUGCCACUGAGGAGAAACACAAGGGAUGGUUCGGCUCAAAGGACUCGCACAGCAAACCCAGCCUGGUGGUGUCACCUAAACUAAAGCCCAGCACUGAUCCCCACCCACCACCCCUCCCUUCUAGUCACCACACCUCCGGUCCCCCUGUACAUCCUGCCUCUCUGGUUUCUCCACUGCAUCACACUAACCCCUUCUGCCACUCACAGACCACACCACCUCCCAUAUCCCCCUGCAACCCUUUCUUCUCUCUCCUCCAGCACAACCCUUUCUAUGAGGACAUGCUAACCAUUCAUCCCCUAAAACCAUUGCUGCCUCCUUUGCCCUAUCUCUCCAGUUCCCGGCCCCCCAUAGCUCAGCUCUUUCCGCAGGCGAGUAACCCUAACCCCAUUGUUGCCCACGACAACCCGACCACACAGGACUCCAUCAUUGGCACAGAUGCGAAGAUUGACCUGAUGGCCAAAGUUGAGAAACAACAGCAUCCUCCUGCUGCCAUCGAAAGGGAGAAACCUUUAAGCGAGAAGUCGUCCAACCCUUUUAUGUCUGCUGGGGAGCUGGAGCCGGAUUUAGAGUGGGACGAAUCCUUUGAAGCAUUUGCAGCUGGCAGGCUGCAGUCUCCCGAGGAUCUGACCACAGAUUGCAAAACACAGCAAAACACACCCAGUGACUAUCCACAAGAACACUGCAAUAAUAAAGGAACGUCACUACCCACAACAGAUGCUGACCAGAACACAAAUGUGAAUGACGCACUACAUCGUCAACCUUGCAGAAAAUUCUUAUCCGAAGCUCAUAAAGCCACCAGUCUGGUGACCAACACUAACACACAUCACCUUGACGCAUUCGCACAAUUCCUUGAAACAAUCCCAGAACACAGGAGCUUUGAGAAUGACAGCAUAACUUUAUAUACAUCUGCAGACUCACCAAAACUUGAUGCUUGCACUGAAACUAAUCAAGCUAACAGUACUACUAAUACAAAUGAUAUAACCAACACUAAUAUGCACCAAGCCCCGUGUCACACUUCAUCUACACAGCUCAACAGCAGCUCCCCAGAUCCUGGUUCAGCAGAAGAGGAUUUCCUCUCCUGUGUUUCUUCUUAUUCAGACAAAUUUUCUGCAUCCUCCUCCGGGGAAGCCGAGGCACAGAAGUUUGAAAGCGACAUCCUGGGCUUUGAGAAAUCCUCUGAGUCAGGUGAGGCUCAAAUUUCAAAGCCCUCAAAAUCUGAAAAAUCUGACAUUACUGACAGGCCAAAUGAUCAGUCUUCACUUGAUGUAGCCCAGCAAACGGUUAGUAAGCAGCAGGACAGCGAUGAAAGGGUAGAUUCAAAUGAUUUGGGGGGGUCUUUGGCACCACAGUCCCCGGUACAUCAGCAGCUGAUGAUCACUGCAAGAGAGAUGGAAACUGAAGGUGCAGAUGUUCAGACACUAAACAUUUCUAAUGUCAUGUACCCUGACCUGUUGCCAAACCUGUCUGAACUACAACCCAAAUCCAACAUCUCUUCACAGUCCGACGAUGAAAGUAGAGAGAAAGGCAUAAAUGAACUAAACAGCUCUAUAGUGGACUUUUCUAAGGAGUUCAAUGAUAGCUCUGUAAAUAACAGUACAGAUGUUAAGAGUCUUGCGACUCUAGAUGAUGAACUCUCCUCCACACUCCCAUCCUUAUACAUCAUAACCUCCUCCCCUGAGAUGAGGCAGAGUUCGUGGGCCUCACCCUUUGGGAGCACUAGUGUAGGAGGACAGGAUGCUAGCCAGUGUUCUCUAGAACCAUUUGGGGCUUUUGGAGAUUUACUUAAUACCCCUCCUGGGCAAGACCUAGACAACACACUACUGCACACUCGGAUGUCUGAUCAGAGCUCCAGCAGCUUUCUUCAAAGCCUUUAUGUCAGCACCGACUCGCAGGAUUACCAAACCUGUGAGUCUCACCCGUCCUCCAAGUGCUCCAUGGUCUCAGAGCCAGACGCGACGCUACACUCUGCGAACUCAACGCUCUGCGUUGAGCUGAGUGAGAUUCAGACGACUGCUGAUGCCGCUGUGGGCUUAGAAGAUUCCACUAGUGCAUCCAAGCUAUCUAAGAGAGAAAUCAACCGAGCUGGCAGAGUUGAAGAAUCCUCCUGUCAGACCGAUGCUAAGACGGCAACUCUGGAGACAGAUUUCAUGAUAGGGAAUGAUUUUGGUCUACAAGUUCUCCCUGCAACACUAACAGACUUUUACACGAGCUGUGAUCCUAAGAGGCUCAGCGCAAGAGGUGUGGAUGACGUGUUCUCAAAAUGCCCUCAGGCCCAGUCGCUACACCGCUCCCAGUCUGAGGGCACACUGACGCCCGCCUUUGACGAACUCCUCCUGCCCUCUUUUGGGAGUGAUCCCGGUGCAAUACAGGAGUUGUCCUCGGCUCAGCCAGGCCCCGAUCUCUCUUGUCUCACCUCCUUUGCUCCUUUUCUAACUCCUGAAAUUAGUAGCUCCCCUGUAGCGCUCUGUUCCUUCCCUGCCCUUGCCACCGCUUCGGCGAGGUCACCAUCCGGCACGGCACGAGCUGCUGUGCCAAAGCCUGAGGAGACGCAGCAGCAGCAGGCAGCCAAUCAGCAGAACAGCCCCCACCCAGUGAAGCCCCUGACCACUGCCAUGCUGGCUGAGGAGAAGCGGACUGAGGGCCGGUCAGUGCUGGCUACCGGGCUGGAGAAGCUCAAGUCCACCAUCCACCCGGGAAGGAGCAGCCAGCUCAGCGAGCAGGAGACAGACAGGAAGAAGUCUCUGACAGAGGGUGCGGGCUCCUACUACCACCUGACCCACAGCGAACUGGUCGCCCUGGUGGUGCAGCGGGAGGCGGAGCUGGAGAGGCAGAAGGCCGAGUCCGAGCGCCAGAGAGUUUUGCUGGCCAAGCGGGAGGUGGAGCUGAAGAAGCUGAAGCCGCAGGUCAGAGAUCUGGAGGACUACAUUGACACGCUGCUGGUGCGCAUCAUGGAGCAGAAGCCCACUCUCCUGCAAGUGCGCUCCAAGUUCAAGUGACGAAGGGGGCGGAAGGGGUUUGCAGUUCAGUCCUCAUCUGUUCACUCUUACCUCCACAACAGCGCUUUAGUCUUUUCACUGCUAUGCCGUCCUUUUUGAUACAAAUAUUUAGGCACUUGAGAGACGUCGAGGCGAUGUUUUCCGGUCGGCAUGCUUUACUGUACUGAAACGCGUUCUCGUCAAAAGGUUUGGUUCGGGUGGUUCUGAAUGUAGCGGGUCCUCAGGUUGUUUUCAGGUUCACACAGCCAGUUGGUUUUAAGCCCUCAGAGGAGUGAGCCCAGUGGGUUUAAAACCCAGAUGCUUCCACGUUGGGGUCCUGAUUGUAGAAACACUGAUUCCUCCUUUUCACCUCACACGUCACUUCUAUCACCUUAUCACAAAAGAGAGAAACUGUAGGGUUUCAAUCCAUAACAAAGUAUACACUUCUUCUAAAGGGUUGCAAGUCUGUCGGGAAAGGAGCCACGCUGGUGGUUUUGCAUGUUUUAGUCCAAUAAUCACAAAUUGUCAGAUCAAUACUGGCCUUUUCCAUAGCGUGCCGUCGGUUUUUAGAUGGAUUUACCUUCUUUCGGGGCAGCCAUUGGUGUCCGUUUAUGUCAGUGCAGCAUUUCAUCCAUUUAGUCUAUGAAAUUUCAAAAAACCCUACAGUUCAUAACCCAAAGAAAUUUGACUUAAAAUGAUACAACAAGUCCCUUCAUUGUAAUCAUUUUCUGAAGAUCACUCAAUCGACUAAUCAUUUCAGGUUCUUCUUAAAUUUUGCUUUAGAAAAUACUCAGCCUGAGUGUCGAGCGUACGCGGUUUCUGUUUCGUGAGUAAAACGUGCAAAACCAUCAAUAUGUUUCUCAUGUAUUUUCUGUAAUGAUGUGACUGGUGUCACUUUUUCCAGAUAUAUAUAUAUACACAUGUCUACACAUGUUGUUUUGGAUUGACACUCUGCAGAUGUUCCUUGAUGAGUAUCGAGUGCUCUGACUAGUUUUUGAAACUACAAACCAAAUGCGCGGUGUGAGAGUUCCGCCGCGUCACAUGCACAUUACUGGGAACUGACUGUAGCUGAUGAAUGUUCAAAAGUGUUCUUAGCCAGCGAGUGAAUGGUUUUAUUUCCCACGCACGGUAAGUGCUGUUUAUCCUUUGCUCGUUCCUUCCUCUUCUCCCCUCUCCUUUCUCUUCUUUCUGUUCCACGGGCAUGUCUUGAGAUUACCCAUAAUGCUCAGCCGCAUAAGCUAACCGUUUUUGUUGUAUGGGUCGCUGUGUUAUCAGGUGAAGACAGUAUCACUCCGUAUCCGAAACGGUACCAAGAUCGGCCAUCACCGCUGCCCCGAUCUCAUGCGUCUGCUGUCCCGCGUGUGCGUUAUCGACACGACUCCACCGCAUUGAGAAGAUGCCUGCGACAUGCUGGUACUUGACUCCCGCUCCCUCGGCGUCUGUGCGUGUCACAUCCGCUUCUGCUCAGACAAGCAUAGCACUACUGCUUUCAGGUGUUAUAAAGGGAUACUGUAUAUACUGCAUUUUACAGCAUAUAUAUGCCGUGUGGAAAUGCCAAAUGCUGCCUUAUUUUUGUUUUGUUUCGACGUUCAUUAAAAAUCGAGCACUUCAUUUUACCUGUUGGGGCCUGGGGCAGGUUUUGAAAAAGAAAAGCCAUCUGUUCGCCGAAAAAAAAAAAAUGUUCUUCUUCUUCUUCUUCUUCUUUUUUUUUAUUUUUUCACUUCUUCUGACGCUUUGUUAUGAUAUCGUUUUAGAUCACUGCACAAAAAUAAAUUGUAUGCAUACCAGUAGAAAAUGAGCAGCAACAGUGAUUUCCUGUGAAAUGCCAAAAAAAAAAUAAAAUAAUAAAAAGCCUUGAAACUUAAUCUAUGGAGCAGAUUGAUACACCAUAAAGUAUUCUGAUAUGAUGCCACUUUUAACAGCAUUUGUGGAUGUCCUUGCACUACUUAACCAUCAGAACAUAACUCUACUGUACCCGUCUGUCUGAUAUCGGUAUAGUUAGACCUACUUCACACCGUACUGCACUUUCUGAUCGCUCUGUGACUUAAGCACCUGGCCUACUUUGACACCACCACCACCACCACCACCACCACCACGACUAGCCAGUGAGCUUGAAGCAUACGGAAGGAUCCAAAACCGUCUUGUCAUCGCAGUCCUGCUGUGCGACUGCAAUACCAAGAGCAUAGAUGACUGUAGAGACAUAUCAAAUGUGACUCGGCACUCAUGAAGCGCAAGAAUAAGCGUCCUCUUCCAUGUCUUCCAUUUAAAAAAGUUUUUUUUAUUUAAGUUUAAACUGAUUGUAUUUUGUCCUUGAUUGUGUAGCUGGUGGAAUGUGCUUAAGGUAGUAUGUAAGAUUGGAAAGUUUACAAGUCGUGAUGCAAUUCUGUUUCACAAAUUUUGUAUAUUUAAUAAAGAAUAUUUUGUGUUUCUUGCUCACUGUA